AUGCCGACAUCUAGAAGAUGGUGGGAAGAAGGAAGAAGCAACUUGAAGGAUUCAAGGGUGUGCAAACACGACACCACAGAAUAUUGCCGCUCAUUCAGCGAAACCAUGACCUCCAGCACAAGAGGCAGGAGUCGUUCACAUAGGCGAAGGGAGAAGGCCAGAGAACGGUCGCAAGAUGGAGAUAGAGAGAGGAACAUACGGAAACGUGGCCGUUCACGGUCUCGGUCUGUCUCGAGCUCGUCGUCUUCGUCGUCGGACCACAAACGACGGAAACGGAAAAAGGACAAACACCGAAAACGGCAUGGCAGCAAGGAGAGAAAGGAAAAGAAGAAGAGCAAGAAAUCAAAGAAGUCUGGCGGAGAGAAGCCCCAUUGGGGGAAGUACGGAAUAAUCACCGAAAGCGACAUGUUCAAUAAAGCUUCAGAAUUCCAUACUUGGCUUGUCGAAGAGCGCAAAAUCAAUCCAGAAACGGUAUCUAAGGACCAAAACAAGAAGGAAUUCUCUCGGUUCGUAGAGGAUUACAACACAGCCACUCUACCGCAUGAAAAGUACUACAACAUGGAGGCAUAUGAUCGACGAAUGGCUGCCUUGCGGGCGGGUGAAUACGUUCCCCCUCAGAACGAUAGCUACGAUCCAAACGCCGACAUGCGAGCAUUACAAGGAGUGCACAAACGUAAAGUCAUUGAGCAAGAUACGUAUUUGUCCAAGGAGCAGUUGCAAGAACUCAGGAAGGUUCAACAAGAGCGUAUACAGGCGAGUAAGAUGAAGAGCAUGGGCAUGGAUGUCCCUCAAACCAUGGGUGUGCGGAUGGACGGGUCCAUGUUCGAUGAGUAA